AUGGCUCAACCUACCAAGCGCCGUCGCAUUGAUCCUGCGGCCGCUCUAUCUAAACCCUUCAAGUCCCCGCUGCGCCGGCCCGCCAACACAGAGGUUCCACCCUCCACGCCCACUCCGAAGGCCCAAAUAUCAACUCCAACUAUACCAGAGGCCACAGAUGUAGCCUCCUCUACCCCAAAUGCCAUACCGGCUACACCAGUCCCAACUGAGCGCAAACCAAUAAAGUACCCGCCGUCCACCCCAAAGCCGUUCCAACCACCAGACCCCGAGAUAAUCGCGCUCCAAAAACAGCAACGCGUCAUCCAAUCCCGGCUGGCCACCCUGCGCUCAGAAAUAGACCAAGCAAAACAGGCCCUAAGACUCGAGACUUCUAACAAAGAUACCGAGCUGGAAGCCUUGAUUGUCAAAUGGCGUCUCAUCAGCCAAAAUGCCGCGGAUGAAGCUUUCAUCGGCGCACAAGAAAGAGUCAAGCGUAUGGGUGGAAUGGCGGCUUGGAAAGAGAAUUCAAAGCGCGAUGCGACGCGGUGGGAGUUCGACGAGGAGAGACGCGAGGUGGAGCAUGUUGAUGAGGAGGAGGUUGAUUCGGGCGAGAUUGAAGAUCUGAAGAAUGGCCCUGGGGAUAGCGAUGAUGUCGAAGAGGAGUUUACUAUGGAGUUCAUGUUAAAGACCCUCCACGUUGAACCCGAAUUGAUUGGGUAUGAUACCAAGGCGCAGCGAUGGAUCAAGACUUGA